AUGAAUACAGACUUUUUCCGUCUUCAUCAUGACUUUGCAGAUGAUGCUUCUCUAUCGGAGCUGGAGCUGACCGCGGAAGCAAUCCCAGCACCACCAGCAUCACUGACACCAGCAGAACCAGAAGCAGCAGCAGCAGUUCCUCUCUCAUCAGCAGAUGCUGCUGAGCUCCCCCCACCAGAAGGUCCCCAUCAAAAGAGGCGGCGUUCUGUACACAGGUUGUUGAAAGUUUCUGCAACAGCAUUUCUUGGUUUGUUGCUGCUCUCGGUUAUUGCUGCUCGUUCUGCAUCACCAGACGGCUUGUUUCGAGGCAUAGGAAGAAAGAAGGAGGAAUACAGACCAUCACCACCAGCAUCACCAACAGCACCGCCCCCUGAACAAGCAGAAGAAACCCUUGCAGCAGCAGCAGAACCACCAGCGCAGCGAGAUGCUGUUGAGAAAGCUCGAUGGCGUCUGACUGCUCUCCGUCAGAGUAUACCUGAGGCAGAGGAGUUGGCUACAGUUGUAGGUACAGCAGCUGCACAGGAAGCUGUGCAUCGUCUUCGUCGCAGCACGACGGUGACGGCGAUAGAAAGAGCUGUUGCAGAUUCAUCUUUUUCUGAGUUACUUGAUGAGGCUUUUGCUGCAGUGAAUGCGCUGCAUGCAACAGCAAUAUCUGAGGCAGAUAGUUUACAAAAAACACUCGAUCGUAUACCAGCAGAAGUGCUUAUAGAUGCAUCAGAGAUAAGAGUACUAGAAAGAGCUGCUGCGUCGCAGCAGGUUCGGGGUACUAUAGAGCCCUUCAUGGUGACUAUAAGAAAUGGAGACGAAACAGCAGCAGCUGCAGCAGGAGAAACAGCAGCGUAUGCAGCGUUGCUGCGUACAGAAAUGGAGACGAAACAGCAGCAGCUGCAGCAGGAGAAACAGCAACAGCAGCAGCAACAACAGCAGCAGCAGCAGCAGCAGCAGCAGGAGGAAGAGAAAGAGAAAGAGAAAGAGAAAGAGAAAGAGGAGGAGGAUACAGAAGAGCAGAGACAGAAAGAGAUGAUGCAGCAAGCGCAGCAGCAAAGAGAGCAGCAGGAGAGAGAAGAACUGAAGCUUGCUGCUGCAGCAGAAACACUAACAAGAGCAGAUGAUAUGGUGACAGAGAUAUCUCACCAGCUAGAUGAACACCGGUGGUUUGUGAGGGCUUUGAAAGAGAGUAUAGAUAUUAUAGAGAUGCAGCAAGCAGCAACAGAAGCAGCAACAAAUGAAGCAGCAAUAGAAAGAGAAAGCGCAACUGCAACAGAUAAAACAACAAAUCAGACUAAUGCAUAA